CUAAACAUCCUUAUAUGCUAGUUGAUCGUCUUGAGGAUAUGACUUCCUCAGAAGCACAUGUGGUUGAUAAUGACAAGAGACAUAUAUUACUGUGCGGUUAUCUUCGAGGUUGUGAUAUCAAGAAAGGAACCAAGGUGCAUAUUGCUGGUGUUGGUGAUUACCCUUUAGCUGAUGUUACAAUCUCCGCCGACCCUUGCCCUUUACCAGUUACCACCUGACAGCCAUGAACUCGAGAUUAAUAUAGAUGAAAACAAUCUUGAUGUGGAACCUUACAUGGAGACCGAGAGUUUCAGAGUAGGGACUUACCUAACGUUUAAGGUUUUUGGCGUUCCUUUUGAGAUGGUUCCCGAUCGUGAUCCCUGUCAGCCUAUUCUCGUAGGAGGUAUCGGCCUUGCAGAACAGACUGCUGGAUAUAUGCAGAUACUCGAGGAUAGUCCGGCUCAGACACGGGGGACGCUUGAACAACUGCUUGCUGUUAUCCUUUUCGAAGAAGUGUUGCCUUUUGGUUGGCGGUCACGAGAGAAAUGUCCUUUAAAAGCUUACCAUGGAACAACAAUAAUUGCCGUGAUUAACAAGUCAGGCCUGUAUUUUAUUGUUGACGGGUUAUUAUUUCCUCUCGAGUCAGUCAACACUCCACAGAAAAGGAGAAACAUAAGAAAGGAAGAUAAUUCAAAUGCUGCUGGUUCAAAACUUCCUUAUAUAGGAAAGAUGUUAAUUGCACUAUGUGGUUCAACUAUAUUGCAGGAGUUUGUUAUUCAUCACCUCACUCCAAAGAUCAAAGAUCACUCUUGGACACCGCAACAGUGUGCUACAGAGACAAAUAGAUUACUGACAACCCAUGUCAUAACCGAUGAGGAGAGGAAGCAAUUUAAAAUACCCAAAACCAUGGUAAUUGGAUCUGGGGGUUGGGGCUGCGGAUUGCUAUUUGGUUCAUAUGUGAGUGGGGCUCCUAGCCUUUACUUUGCAGAUGAAAGAGAAAUCACACGUGUGUGGGAUAUUCAAGAUUUUGAAGGAAGCCUUGAAGAUCUCAAACAUGAUGAUAGACAGUUUGCCUUCAUUUGUCGAGGUUCAGGUCAGAACUUUGCUUGAGAAACAUUAUAUGAGUACUGUUAUGCUCACAAAGCGGAAGAUGAUAAUGAGCUCGACAAAGAUGGUCAUUCACUUGAUAGCGGCGAACUUUCACUGGAUGACCAUGUCUUUAUCUUACUUCAUGGAAUGAAAAAUUCCUGUAAGGAUAAAUUAACGGGAGGCUACAUGACUUUACGGCACAUGUCUCCUGAUGGAGUUAAAGUAUUGCAUCCUAUUGUGCAUGAGUCUGACCUUAAGCAAUCUAUGAAAGCUUUGCAAAUACAUCCAGAUGUGCAAGAGAUUGCAGAAAUACUUGGUAUUUUUGAAGAUUCGGACGAAGAGUUGGAUGAUUUUGAAGAUUCAGACGAAGAGUCUGAAUGAAAAAACGAAGAGAAAAGUUACUUUUUGUGAAUAAGCAGAUGAAAGAUGGUUAUGUUGUUUAUACACUGGGAAUUGUCGAGAAAAGUAUGACUCUGUCAUGAAUUAUACAAUUGCUAAUAGC